AUGUCUUCUCAAUCACCACCACUCACGAGUCAUGUUGUUGUAUUCGGAGCUUCUGCACCCAAGGAAGGAGAACCUUUGUGGAAUUUGAGUGUUGAGCUCGGAGAUAAACUAGCUCAAUGUGGAUAUUCGAUUUGUAGUGGUGGAUAUGGAGGAACCAUGGAAGCUGUUUCGAAAGGCGCGUCACAACAUCCAAAUAUUGAUAUCAAAGGAGUCAUUAGUAGCAAGACUUUCUACAAAAGACAUGAACAAGGAAACAAAUAUUUAAGAACAACUGUCGAUGCUGACAAUUUACAUGAACGAAUUAAAGGAUUAACAGAUUCAGGAAAUUACUUUGUGGUGUUACCUGGUAGUCUUGGAACUGCAGCUGAAUUAUUAAUUGUGUGGAAUUUAUAUUAUAUUAAUUCUGUAUUCCCUGCGAGUGUUGAGCCAGUGCGUAAAAUUUUUGUUUUUAGAGAUCCUUGGGAAAAGAUUAUCAAUUUCAUUGGAGAUGAAUUGAAAGUCCAUUCAGAUUUAUUGAAAGCCUUUGUGUUUGUUGAUACUGUUGAUGAAAUUAUUUCUGGGUUGAAUCAACUGGUUCGUCAAUAA